AUUACAAAUUUGAAAAUUAUUAUUAAUUAAGUUUUCUGCUAUUACAAAAAUUUUUUUUUUUAAUUCCAAUGUUAAAUAAAUUGUAUUUUUAAUUAAUUUUUUGCAACACUGAAUAUAUGUAUAUAAAAGUAAUUAUUAAAAUCAUUAAAUUCAUUUACUUCACUGAGCAACAAAUAUUUUUGUUAGUAUAUUCCGAUAAAAUAUACAGUUUUAUGUUUGUAUGUGCAAAUACACACACUAACACUUACAGAUGCUCAUAAACAAAAAGCGUCGUCGCAGCUUUCGCCUCAAUGCCAAGUUCGCGCACUGUCAAGAGCAAGGACGAUCAAUACAGGCACAGGGCAUUGAUGUUUUACAACAAACACUCGUGAAUUCGCACGUAUGCAUAUAUAAGAACAAAAAUAUAUACCAACAAGAAACCUUCUUACAUUAUAUGUGUAUAUAGUAUAUCCUUGUCGGGUAAACAGUGUUUACGUUGUGUUGUCCUUCAAAGCAAAACUUGCGAAAGCUUUUUACAUCACCAAACUACGCGCACUUGAAAGCACAUUUCGCUGAACAUACAAAUACAUAUAUACACAUAUAUCUACAUAUAUGUAUAUAUUAUAAAUGUGCAUACCGACUAAUACUAACCAUAAAAGCUUAAGGAAUUAACGUUUCAGUUGUAUACAAUUUGUCUUAGCCGUGGCUUAAAUCGCUUGAGUGCUCAUCUAGCCAAGCGCAAAUUAUCCGGCUUUGACAUGAUUUUACGCGCUUUCGAGAUAUUACAUACAUACCUAUGUACUCUACAGUGCAGUGGUCCUCAACUGCAGCGAUGAGUAGCAGUGCUUUAUUUGACAUUUUCGGAGACAGUUGUGGGCUUUGUUUAUAAUUGAAUCAUGUUGUUGUGUAAAAUUUUGUGUUGAAAAUUUUUAGAAUUGCUUGAAUACCAAAUGUAUUUGCUUUCUAUCGUUUGCAUUGUGAGAGAUAUUUGUCUUCGCAUACAAGCUUGGUUUUUGCCAAAGAUCAGAUAUAAUCCGAAGCAACACGAUCCCGAAUCGGUACGCAUCGAUGGCGGCGGACGCUGUUAUCCAAAUUGUGCUUCAGAUGUGUGGUUGCGUUCGUGUGAGCAGGAAAUCACCGAACCCAUUGAAGGCCAUACCAGCGGACAUAUUCCCACUUGGUUGAAUGGCAGCUUACUGCGCAAUGGUCCCGGUAGUUGGAAGAUGGGUGAAAUGAUGUUUCAGCAUUUAUUCGAUUGUUCGGCUUUAGUGCAUCGAUUCGCAAUAAAAAACGGACGCGUUACAUAUCAAAAUCGUUUUGUUGAGACAGAAACACUGAAGAAAAAUCGUGCUGCACAACGUAUAGUCGUAACGGAGUUUGGUACGGCAUCGGUACCGGAUCCUUGCCAUUCGAUAUUCGAUAGAGUCUCCGCGAUAUUUCGUCCUGAUAGCGGCUCUGAUAACUCAAUGAUAUCUAUUUACCCAUUUGGGGAUGAGUACUACACAUUUGCAGAGACUCCGAUGGUGCAUAGAAUUAAUCCACGCACCUUGGCCACGGAAGGACGCAUCUGUGUUGCAGAUUUUGUCGGUAUCGUGAAUCAUACGUCACAUCCUCACGUACUGCCUAAUGGAACUGUGUACAAUCUAGGUACGGCCGCUACCAAAUCAGGACCAGUCUAUAAUAUUAUUUGUUUUCCGCAUGGGGAGCAAAUGUUUGAAGAUGCCUACGUUGUGGGUUCGGUUUCUUGUCGUUGGAAAUUACAUCCUGGCUAUAUGCAUACGUUUGGUAUUACCGAGCAUUUCUUCGUAAUUGUUGAGCAACCACUCUCCGUUUCGUUAACGGAAUUUGUUAAAGCCAACUUAUCUAAUCAACAGCUUGCCGCCUGCCUAAAAUGGUUCGAGGACAAGCCCACACUGUUCCAUCUACUUGAUCGCGAGACGGGUAAAUUACGCUACACUUUCCAGUCGGAGGCAUUCUUUUAUUUACACAUAAUCAAUCAGUAUGAGGAGGAUAAUCAUGUAGUGAUCGACAUUUGCUGCUAUAAAGAUCCCGAAAUGAUUAACUGCAUGUAUUUGGAGUCCAUUAUGAAUAUGCAAUCGAAUCCGAAUUAUGCGUCACAUUUUCGUGGACGUCCAUUGCGUUUUGUGCUGCCUCUGGGUGUUAAGAACGCGGACGUGGUGACGUUCAAAGAUCGCCCAACCAAUCAGCGGCGUGUGGUGAAAUCUUUUACAAUGUCCGGCAUUAGUACGCAUCUGCAACCGACGAAAAUGAAGCAUUCCGAGUCGAAUUAUGAGAAUAUUACAAAUAUGGCGCUUAAUAAAUUGCAAGAAGAAGAAAUGCUCGAGUGCCGUACAUUUGCGGGUGAAGCGGAUGAUUCGAAAGCGAAUGUGGAUAGUGAAACAAUGGUGAAUUUGGUCACUUUGGAAUAUAGCACGGCGCAAGCGUAUCAGCUAAGCAAUCGCAGCAUAAUGGUGCGCCCCGAAUUGCUUUGUGAUUGGGGCUGUGAGACGCCGCGCAUCAAUUAUGAAAAAUGUUUAGCCAAAAAAUAUCGUUACUUCUACGCGAUUAGCUCGGAUGUAGAUGCUGAGAACCCCGGCACACUCGUUAAAGUGGAUGUUAUGGCAAAAGCAGUGCAGAAAUGGUGUGAACCGAAUUGUUAUCCCAGCGAACCAGUCUUCGUGCCCGCGCCAGAUGCCUGCGCAGAAGAUGAUGGUGUGGUGUUGGCCUCAAUGGUCUGGGGUGGAUUAAGUGAUAAUCGCGUCGGUUUGCUGGUGCUGUGUGCCAAAACCUGGACUGAGCUGGGCCGUUGCGACUUUCAUACGAAUGGACCAGUGCCGAAGUGCCUGCACGGCUGGUUUGCGCCCGGCGUUGUGUAACCAAAGAUGCCACAAUGAAAGCAAAUACUCACUGCUUAGUAUUUUAGUAAAAUUGUUAGAAAUUUAUUACACUGUUAAGCAUUAAUCUUAGUAGUAAUACUGAUUUGAUAAAUAUGACUUAAUUAAUAAAAACGUUACUUUUAGAAUCUCAAAUUGAUCACAUUAUAAA